UAAAUUUUUGCAUAUAACAAUGAAUAUUCUUCUAUUUUAUUUAUUCACAUAACAUUUUUCAAAAAUUUUACACAACCGUGAUCGUGCCAAUUCAAUAAAAAUAUUAAACAUAAAAAUUUACACAAUAUUUAUCAAAAAAAAAAAAAAAAAAAAAAACAGGAUUGCGAUACGACAUGAUAUGUAGGUACUAUGAAUGGAACGCUUACCGAAAUAUCAACCGAACCGAAGAAACAUAAUUAUUUUGUAUGUGUGCGUACAAUUGUGCAUAUAGCUAGAGCUAUAGCAUAAUAUUUUUAAUUUUAGAUGUAGAAAAAUAAGUGUCAUUCAAAUUUAUACUGUUUAUAAUCUAUCAUCCGUAUCAGGUUAGAAUAGUGCGAUCUAAUAUGCAGAACAACCCCCAGGAGCUUUCAUGGCAGGCGAUUCAAGCUAUCGUGGGGGUUAAACUUCCAUCAAAUGUUCUACGAUUUGAUGAUAUUGGAUUCCAUUUGGUUAAUAACUCUGUUUCGAGUGCCGAAGAUUCCGAUUCAGAUGUGGAAAUCGUGGAAAACGAUUGGGAAUCUGACAAUAAUGUCUCUUCGAAACCCGAAAACUCGGACAAUGAAAAAAAUACAUCGUCGGACAGAGAACAGAGUGAGUCGCCUGUUCUACAUCUUGUAGAGCCUGAUAACAAUAAUUCAGGUAAAGACUCCUUAAACUACAAAGAAUUUUUAGAAAAAAUGGCUACCAAAGAUAUUUCUGACAGAGACAGAUUGUCUCAGGUUCAAAACGAAGAUGCUGAUAGUUCUAAUGGAAAUGUUAUGUCUAUUGAAAAUUAUUUGGAAGUAACCUUGUCGACUGAAUCUGAGACUAGUCAUACUUGCAGCCAAUGUAACCAAAUAUUUUCCAGUGAACAGUUGCUAUCUUCUCACCAAUGCAGUGCCAAAUCCACAGAUGAUAAAAAGUAUCCAUGUCAUGUAUGCUCAGAGAAAUUUCCUAGUUAUUGGGAAUUGAGAAAACAUAUAAACAAUCAUUUUCCUGGAAUGUUAGAUUCCAAAUCAAGUUUCUGUCACCUUUGCCAGAAAGAUUACACCAAGACAGGAUUUAUGAAUCACCUGCGCAAGCACACAGGAGAGAGACCAUUUGUCUGUGAGCUUUGCCACAAGGCAUUCUCACAAUCAAGUUCUCUUUCAAUACAUAUGAAAUUCCAUCUGAAUGUGCGUAAACAUGCUUGCACUGUGUGUGAGAAGAAAUUUGUAACCAAAAGUGAACUAUCCCGUCAUAUGACUGUUCACACAAAACAAAAGUCCUACUACUGUGGUGUUUGUGACAAAGCUUUUACCCGUUCUGAUAAUAUGAAAAAACAUGAGAAAACUCAUGGAUAGCUUACUGAAAAGUAAUGUAUUGUUUAUUAUAAGUAGCAUCAUGUCCAACAAUAUAUCUUUCUAACAAGAAAGAGUCUUAAAAUACUGAUAUCAAGAUUAUCAUGAAAUAAACUUUAUGUAUAGGGUCAAUGUGCCGUUUACCUGACCACUGCUGGUUUUUGGACUUUUUCUAUUAUAAAUAUUAAUAGUAUUUCUAAGUGAAGACCGAUUUCUGUUAUUUUUAAUAGCAAUAUUAAUAUGUCCACACUUGUAUAUUAUUUGAUGAUCAACAACAGUGUUAAUGAUGACUUACAGACUAAAAAAACUUUAACCCAUGUGCAUGUAUGUUUAAACAUUCAUACAAACUAGUGAGAAGAUAUAUUUACAGUGAUGAUUAUAAUUUUUUUCUAAUAAGUUUUUCAUCUAAAAGUGUACAUGAAGCAAUAUACGAGACGUAAGAUAGGAUUCAAUCAAUUUCACUGAAAACCAAUAUUUAAGUAAUAAUUUAACUAUUUUAUUUAAAUAAUAGAUGGUCACACAAUUAACAGAUACAAACAAGUUUUUUUUUUUUUAUUAUGAUCUUUCAUAUUUCUGAAUGAUAUGGUCAGAAAUACUUUUGUCUUACUCUUUAAUCAAUAGACUGGGAGUACAAACAUCAAAAUACGAUCGGCAUUUUCUUGCACAAAAUAUAUCAAAGUAGUGUUUUAUGACAAUAAAAUUGUUGUCGUGAUUUGAAGAGUAGUUGAACAUUAAACAAUGAAAAAUUUUUACAAAAUUAGUACAUUCUAGAGUUCUCAAGCCAAUAAUACAAGUAACAUUAUUUGUCCAUUUUGAGCAUUAUAAACCUAGUUUAUAGGAAUGGUUAUUUAUUAAUUUUAUGUCUAAUGCAUGUCUUGUUUUAAUUGCAAAAAAUAAUUAAUUAAAAUUCUUUAUUUAAUGAUUUUUUGCAGUCUAAAACUGGCAAAAAAUAGGGGUAAAAACCAGCAGUAAGUGUCCAGAAUACGAAAUAAUUGCAAUAUUCAAAAAAACUUUUUAAAAAAGUUACACCAUUAUACAUAUAAAGAUAUAAAACUCAUGAGAAGUAAAUAAACUAAUCUUUCACACACACAUUACAGUAAAACUUUUAAAUAAUAACAAUUUAUUCUAUCAAAAAAUAUUUUUUGAAACAUCACAAGUGCAUUGACUGGUUGUGAACCGGCAUAUUCAUCCUAUGAUGCCAUUUUUGAGAUGAUGCAGGAUUCUCUAAUUGCCAAAUAUUUAGUCGUACAUUUUUUUAGUUUUAAAAUUGCAUUGUUUUAUACCAAAUUGAAAAAUAUGAUCUAGUUCAUAAUUUAGUCAUUAUGGUGUGUUUAUGUGGGUGU